AUGCAGCUCGGACGCCUGCUUUCGACGAUCGGCGUCGGCUUCGCCCUCGCCCAAGCCACACCGAUCCAAGACCCGACCUCAAAAAUCCCGAGCCCCGGCGCCGCCGCCGCCGUGACGCGCACCGACGAGUCCCGGGAACAGCCCGCCGCGGGAUACUUCCCCGAGUCGAGUUUCUCCGCCCACUACGACCCUCGCUUCGCAACCAAGCCGCUCAACGCGACGGCGGAGCGCGACGCCGUCAAGGUCCUGGUCCAGACCUACCUGUCCACGCUGCGCGACCUGGGCGUGCAGACCUGGCUAGCCCACAACGCGCUGCUGGGCUGGUGGUGGAACAAGCAGGUCCUCCCCUGGGACGUGCGCCCCGCGGCCCAGCUGUCCGAGAACGGCAUCAAGUUCCUCGCCGCCUACUACAACAUGACCACCUGGUACUACAAGUACCCCAGGGUCCCCGGCGGCCGCGAGUUCCAGCUCGAGGUCAACCCGGCCUACGUGAGCGGGGCUGCGGUCGACGGCUCCGACGCGGUGGACGCGCGCUGGAUCGACAUGGAGAACGGGGUGUUCGUCGACGUCACGGCGGUGCGGUAUGCUGAGGGCCACGCGCAGGGCGAGGGCGUGCUGGCGACCAAGGACGGGCACGAGUUCCGGGAUACGUACCUGUACCCGCUGCUCGAGACGACGUUCGAGGGCGUGAGGACCAAGAUCCCGUUCAAGUACAAGGACAUGCUUUUGGCGGAGUACGGGGAGGAGGUGUUGAUCAACAAGGAGAUCAAGAAUCACAAGUUCGUGGACAACGACAUGGAGUGGGUUCCUGAGCAGGAGCUCUGA